CGUCACACUGCAGCCAUGGAAGCACCAACUCUCUGCAGCUACGACCGGUUGAAGGAAGUGAAGGAGUUCGACGAGUCGAAAAUCGGAGUUAAAGGCCUCUCCGAUUCCGGCAUAACCUCUAUCCCUAAGUUCUUCGUCCACCCUCCCGAAACCCUAUCCGACCUCAAAAAACCAUCUUUAUCCGCUACAUCUAUCUCCAUCCCAAUCAUAGACCUCUCCAACAUCAACUCCCCAUCAGACCGUCCAAAUCUCGUCGAUCAAGUCAGUGACAUGGCCAAGACAUGGGGCUUCUUCCAGGUGAUCAACCACGGCAUUCCGGCGUUGGUCCUCGACGACACCGUUUCGGCCAUCAAAGCCUUCCACGACCAGCCCUACGAGGUUAAGUGCAAGUACUACAAACGACAAGAAGGACAAGGCGUCAUGUUCGCGAGCAACAACGAUCUCUACCGCGCCGGCGCCGCCUCCUGGCACGACUCCCUUCAGGCCUGGCUGGGCCCGGAGCCGUUGACGGCCGAGGAGAUUCCGGAGGUGUGUCGGGAGGAGGUGGUCUCGUGGGGAUCACGCGCCACGGAGGUGGCGGAGAGGCUGAUGGAGUUGCUGUCCGAAGGGUUGGGGUUGGAGAGUGGUAAGUUUAAGGAGUUGUCGUUUUUGGAGACGAAGGCUCUUGUUGCACACUGCUACCCGUACUGUCCGCAGCCGGAUCGAACGGUCGGGAUUACGUCGCAUACCGAUCCGGGGAUUCUGACGGUCCUGAUUCAGAACCAGGUGUCGGGGCUGCAGGUGAAGCAUGGUGAUGUUUGGGUGAAUGUGGAGCCUGUGCAUGGUGGCUUGGUUGUCAACGUGGGUGACUUUCUUCAGAUUAUCUCUAAUGGUGCGUACACGAGUGUGCAACACAGAGUGCUGGCAAACUCCUCCAAGGAACCUCGAAUCUCAGUUGUCAUAUUUUUCAACGUGGCCAAAUGGAAGGGCGAUGGUCAUUAUGGACCCCUGCCGGAGUUGUUGUCACCGGAAAAGCCACCGAUAUAUAGAGAUUUUACACAAAAGGAAUUCCUUGACAAUUUCUACAGCAAGGCAAUCGAUAACAAGUCUCUCAUAGAAAAAAUAAAGAUAAGAAAAUAA